CUGACUAGCCACAUAUCUGGCAACCCUGCUGGAGAUAACAAGAACACCGACCGGGAAAAAGGGGGCCAACAUCCAGUUUUUAAAGUGACAAAACUCGCACAUUUCAUCCAUCACAUAUCGGAUUUAACGUCAAAAACUCCACCCGAAACGAAUUCGUUUAAUGGAAAGCGUUGUUUCUUGUUCAGCUGGGAUUUUUGUACAGUUUUUAGUCAUCCUUUCCCCCGACGUUUCCUUUUGGAUCAUUACACCAAGCUGCUUUUCUUCCUUCGGACGGCUUCAGUGAUGUGGCUCAGGAGCCUGUUAACAAACUGUAGGAUUUAGAAAUUGGAUGUUUCUAUAUUUCAGAUUUUGACGUUUUCUUUGCGAUUUUCUGCGCCUUAAGUCCCACUUUUAUUGAUCUCUAAGUGGGAGAGAGACUUUAAAAGGCCCAAACCCGGUGUUUUGGUCUGGCUUUAACGGUAGCUAGCGAGCUGGCUAAACUUGGAGCUAACACUGGUGCUAAUUUAGCUUUGUGAUAACAUUGUGUUCAUGCAUUUCUUUUUCUUUUUUCUUUUAUAAACCAUAUUUAUAUAAGCGAGAAUGUUGUUUUUAUUUUAUUUUAUUUUAGAGCACAGAUAAUAUAAAGCUUGUUUUUAAUUCAUGUUAAAGUUUUUUUUUUAAUCGAGUGAGUUAUGUGUUGUUCUUAAAGCUGCUAGUUAACUAGUUUAGCAUUUUGGGAGAAUAAAUAAUGUCACUCUGGAGGGAUUGAGGCCCUUGUACUGUUUUUUUGGAUGGAUUCUGGGUGUUUUUGGAUGGAUCGGAGGAGAAAAACCUGCAACUGAAACGGUGUUAAAACUCCAAACUGGUGAUUUUGAAGGGUCUGGUGUUUAGAUCUGAAUUCAACUUUCAAACACUGGCUGAAAAACCCACAACAGUGCUACAAAGGUAGCUGAGAACACAGAAAUCACACACGGGUGCGGACCAAAACAACCGGUCUUGGAGCACCUGAGGAAGAUGAUGUGCGAGGUGAUGCCGACCAUCAGCGAGGCGGAUGUGGGGAGUAAUGGUGGGGGGCAGGGCUCCGGGUCUCCUCACCAAUCGGAUUCCGAGGGGCAUUUUGAGUCUCUGAUGGUGUCCAUGCUGGAGGAGAGGGACAGGCUCCUGGACACGUUGAGAGAGACGCAGGAGAAUCUGGGCCUGACGCAGGGCAAACUGCACGAGGUCAGCCACGAGCGAGAUGCUCUGCAGAGGCAGCUCAACUCUGCCCUGCCUCAGGAGUUUGCAGCGCUGACCAAGGAGGUGAACAUGUGCCGCGAGCAGCUGCUAGAGAGAGAGGAAGAAAUCGCUGAGCUAAAGGCUGAGAGAAACAACACACGACUGCUGCUGGAGCAUUUGGAGUGUUUGGUGUCACGUCACGAGCGCUCUCUCAGGAUGACGGUGGUGAAGCGUCAGGCUCAGAGUCCAGCCGGAGUCUCCAGUGAAGUGGAAGUUCUCAAAGCCCUAAAAUCCCUGUUUGAGCACCAUAAAGCCCUGGAUGAGAAGGUGAGGGAGAGAUUACGUGUUGCUCUGGAAAGGUGCAGUGUGUUGGAGGAGCAAUUAACGGCUUCUCAUAAAGAGAACACUUUACUGCGAGAGCAGAACAAUCAGAAGAAACUGCUGAUCGAUGGCAUGGCAGAAAUCAACCACAACUCUGAAAGCACACCCAGCACCAACGGCAAGGUACAAAGAUCAUCAGAUGGCUCAUUGGGUCCUGAUGAAGAGGUGGGAAAGGUGUCAGAGCUGCAGGAGGUGAUGGACAGACAGAGCAAAGAGCUGCUUCAGAUGAAGGAGCGUGUCGUUUGCCUCAGCAGCAGAGUAAGCGAGCUGGAAGAGGACCUGGAUACAGCCCGCAAAGACCUCAUCAAAUCAGAGGACAUGAACACUCGCCUCCAAAGGGACAUACGAGAGUCUCUUGCGCAGAAGGAUGACAUGGAGGAGAGGAUAACGACUCUGGAGAAACGCUACCUGGCUGCACAGAGAGAAGCGACGUCUGUUCACGACCUGAACGACAAACUCGAGAACGAACUCGCCAACAAGGAGUCUCUCACCCGCCAGACGGAAGAGAAGAACAGGCAGCUGCAGGAGCGGCUCGAGCUGGCCGAGCAGAAACUCCAGCAGACCAUCCGCAAAGCCGAGACGCUGCCCGAGGUGGAGGCGGAGCUCGCUCAGAGAGUCGCCGCCCUCAGCAAGUCUGAUCGUUCUGUGUGCUCUACCUCUAAGGACUCUAAGGAGACUAAAGCGCAGAGGAAGGCUGAGGAAAGGCACGGAAAUGUGGAAGAGCGCCUGCGACAGAUGGAGGCUCAGCUGGAGGAGAAAAACCAGGAACUGCUCAGGGCUCGUCAGCGCGAGAAGAUGAACGAGGAGCACAACAAGCGUCUGUCUGACACGGUGGAUAAACUUCUCUCCGAGUCCAACGAGAGGCUUCAGCUGCAUCUGAAGGAGAGAAUGGCUGCUCUUGAGGACAAGAACACCCUCAUCCGUGAGCUGGAGCACACUAAGAAACUGAUCGAAGAGUCUCAGCAUGAAAAGGAGCAGCUUCUGAUCCAGAUUGAGACGAUGCGAUCAGAGAGCGAUCAAGAUCGCAGCAUGAGCAACUCCUUACUACACCAGGGGCGCUCUCAUAUGGGCAGCACACCAGACUUCAGGUACCCGGUCUCUGCUUCUUCUAUGAUUGACAACCAUUCUGACCAGUACACCAGCUCUCUGGUGCUGAGACGGCCCCAGAAGGGGCGGGCCGCUGCUCUAAGGGACGAGCCGUCCAAGAGGCAUGUGCAGACUCUGAACGAGCAGGAAUGGGAGCGCGUGCAGCAGGCCAACGUCUUGGCCAAAGUGGCAUAUGCGUUUGAGAGCGACAUGGACGUGUCUGAUCUGGAGGAUGACCGAGAUACUAUUUUCAGUUCAGUGGACUUGAUGUCCCCUGCUGGACAAACUGAUGCACAAACACUCGCUAUAAUGCUGCAGGAGCAGCUUGAUGCCAUCAACAAUGAGAUUAGAAUGAUUCAGGAGGAGAAGGAGAACACGGCCCUGCGAGCCGAAGAAAUCGAGUCGAGAGUCGGGAGCGGCGAAAGUCUCGGCUCCCGGUUCCGCUCCAUGAGCUCGAUCCCGCCUUCCUCAUACGGUUCCGCCCACCCCGGCUCUGCACAUUCUGGCUCCUCCCCUCCAGGUUCAGGUCACUCCACCCCUCGGCGAGUUCCGAACAGAGAGAUGGACCGCAUGGGGGUCAUGACCCUUCCUAGUGAUUUGCGGAAGCAUCGUAGGAAGCCGGCGCAGGAUGACAAAGCUUCUAUCAGAUGCGAGACAUCUCCUCCGUCUACUCCUCGUUCAGCGAGGCUCAGUAGAGGAGGGCACGCUGCCAGUCACGAGGACAUCCGAGACAUCCGAAGUAUUUCUGCAUUGCAGGACGGUCAGGGCAGUAACCCCAGCAGCAGUAACAGCAGUCAGGACUCGCUCAACAAAACGGCAAAGAAGAAAAGCAUCAAGUCUUCCAUCGGCCGCUUCUUUGGCAAAAAGGAGAAAGGAAGGCCGAGUCUUCCAGGAAAAGACUCUUCCAGCCAAGGAGGAACACCAGAGGGAGAAGUUUCCCAGGAUUCAGUGGGGCUGGGCAAACUCGGAGGCCCUGGUGAAAAGAACAGGAAGAUGCAGAAGAAUCCAAAAACAGGGCAUGAAUUGCUGGAAGAAGCUCGUAGGCAAGGGCUUCCUUUUGCCCAGUGGGACGGACCUACUGUUGUCUCCUGGCUGGAGCUGUGGGUUGGAAUGCCAGCGUGGUACGUGGCAGCCUGUCGUGCCAAUGUGAAGAGCGGAGCCAUCAUGUCUGCUCUAUCAGACACCGAGAUCCAAAGAGAGAUCGGCAUCAGUAACCCGCUACAUCGCCUCAAACUGCGCCUCGCCAUCCAGGAAAUCAUGUCAUUAACCAGCCCUUCGGCUCCGCCCACUUCCAGAACGUCCACGGGGAAUGUGUGGGUUACACAUGAGGAGAUGGAGAGCCUGGCAGCUACACCACUCACGGAGGAUGAAGAGGGCAGCUGGGCCCAGACGCUCGCUUAUGGAGACAUGAACCAUGAGUGGAUCGGGAACGAGUGGUUGCCCAGCCUGGGUUUACCUCAGUAUCGCAGCUACUUUAUGGAGUCUCUAGUGGAUGCACGUAUGCUGGAUCAUCUGACCAAGAAAGACCUGCGUGGCCAGCUAAAGAUGGUGGACAGCUUUCACAGAAACAGUUUCCAGUGUGGUGUGAUGUGUUUGAGGAGGCUAAAUUAUGACCGGAAAGAACUUGAGAAAAGACGAGAGGAAUCCCAGCUGGAGACGAAAGAUGUCCUGGUAUGGAGUAACGAGCGUCUGAUUAAAUGGGUGCAGUUUAUUGGGUUGAAGGAAUAUGCAGACAACUUGCAGGAGAGUGGUGUGCAUGGAGCGCUAGUGGCCCUCGAUGAAACAUUCGAUCACAACACGCUCGCCCUGCUGCUGCAGAUUCCCACUCAGAACACGCAGGCGAGAUCAGUGCUGGAGAGAGAGUACAAUAACCUGCUUGGUUUGGGAACAGAGCGGAAACUAGAGGAGGAUGAUGAUAAGAAUUUCAGGAGAGCUCCAUCCUGGAGGAAAAAGUUUCGCCCCAAAGAUGUCCGUGGUGGCUUCAGCUCCGACACACUGCCUGCUAACUUCAGAGUGACCAAUAGCACAUCCACUUCACCUGCCAUUCAGCCCAAGAAACACCAGCUGGACGGUGAAGCGACAGAAGACGAGGCGUCCCCUUCAGGCUGCGAGUCUAAUGCACAAGCACUCUGAGAUUCCUGAAGGUUUAUCACGACGUCUCCGAAGUAGAGGACAUAUUUUAGAUUUACGGAUUAUUCUAUUUAUGGGACAUUUCAUAUAUUUAGUUAUGUUUAUGCAUCAUUUGCCUUUUCUUCUUCUUUUUUUUCCCCCCAUAUCAUUUUUAACUCUUUCAGGUGUAACUGAAUGUAUUACAGAUCUGAAGUUUGUACAUUUUUAUCUAAUCAAUUUUUUUUUUUUAUUAUUAUUAUUAUUUUUUUAAAUAAUCCUCAUUUCCUUAAUUGUGUCCAUAUAUUUGGUUUGUGAUGCUGAAACCUGAGCUGAUUCAGAUUUUUGUGACUGACUUUUUGUGAUAUAAUUUCAUCCCCUUACUUCUGUUCUUAAAUCCAUUUGGCUGUUGAUUUGUUGAUGUAUUAUGUGAAUAUCAGAAUUGGUGCAUAUCUUAGAGCAUUUGUUCCACGACCCAGUGGUACUUAUUAUGACAAUUAUAAUGAUUAUAAUUAUUAUUAUUAUUUCAACCCCUCUGUCUCUUUCCUAUUUUUCUUGUCUGAUACCAAAACAUGUGAUAAGCCAUAAACGGUAGCAAUGACGAGGGCUACUUUCGGAUGCAUCUUUCAGCAGUCGCCUUUUCCACAUGCUGAAUCUCUCCAUUCCUUUUCUCCUGCACAUGAGACACGCAUUAAGGACGUGUGUAUAGGUGUGUGUUUGUGCAUAUGCGUGUGUGUGUGUGCGUGCUAUUCUUCUCCGCUGGACCAACCUCACUGUGGCCUAAGCUCUAUUUGCAGUGUCCGAAAAUUUGGCGUGAUUUGACCUUCCAGCAUCUGAUUAAGCCUUACAUCCCUCUGUUUUUAUUUAUUCUGCUUCUCCUCGUGUGUUCACGGCAUUUUAACCUUCUCAUGAGUCAUAUCAAAUAAAAAGCCUGGACUGUAUUAUAACUUUAGAGAGUCACAUUCUUUGACCUGACAAACACAAGUUCAUCCCCUGCCCUUCUCUUUGUCUUUUUGCCUCUUUUUAAGUCUCUCAUGCACAAUUCCAAUCAUUUGUUUUCCUCUCUAUUGUUAAAAGAUCUCUCCUCUUGUAACAGAAAUGCUGUACAGUCUGAGUACUUAUGAACUAUUUUUUAUCACAGUAUUAUUUAUUGCUUCCUUUCAAUAAAAAAUACUGAUCCCUAUUUUCCACUGCCAAUAAAAAGACUAAGUCUUUGCUUUAAAAAAAAAAAAACACAUACCGAGCUGUGUCAUUCUUUUAAAAGAAGCUGGUCUGUUCCUUCAUGUGUUUAGGUCUUGAAGUAAUAAAACUCUGUUAGGAAAAUAAUCCUAAGCACCAUG